GCACUGUGUGCAGAAGUGCAGGUAGCAGGUGUGCAUGGUGUGAUCUUGCGAUGUGAAGAAUCUAAACCGAGUUAUAAGAUUUUUUCACCUUUUGACGAGGCUAGAACUGAUAACAAGAGACGAAGAUCUGUUCUAAUUAAUUGAGGACACUGGUGUGUGGAAAUGGGACCUGAUAAUCAACUUCGACAAAAUGAAGCUAUGCCAAAGGUUGAUGUAAUGAAAGAUGCAACAAAGCUUAAGUCUAUAGACAUAAUUUAUAUGAAACGUAUGGAAGAACAGAAUUUGCAAAGAGCAAAAACUGUACAGAAAUAUCGUAAAGCAAAUAAUCGUACUGCUAUUGUUUUAAGCCUUGGAGUUAUUGGAAUUUAUGCUUAUACAAUAUAUUCAGUUAAACAGGAAAAAUUCUUAGACGACUUUAAAGUGCCGGAAAAGACGAUUGAGAAAGUUACAUAAAAAGUUACUUUUGUUUGA